AAAGGUAAAUAGUAUUAAUUUCCCCUGAGCAGUAUGGACAUACAUAUGUAGGUAAAUACGACUAUCUAGUUCGUUUUAUUACUCUCCCCUUUGACGAGAAUUAAAGAGCAAAGGCUUGACCACUUAGCUAAUAAAGAUCACUAAAUAAUGCAACCAAACUUGUAAGGCAUGUGCAUAUGUAUGUAUGUAUGUUCACACUAAAAGCUGCAAUUUCUAUAGUUUACAUCACAGGCAGAAAAAAGCUAAAUUUCAUUGUCAAAGUAGAAUUUUUCAAUUUUCCUCGCCACUAGUUUUCGAGUAACAUUUGAGUGAGGAAGCUGCAGUGAAUAAAUAAGUGAAAAAUAAUGCAAUUUCGUAAAAUAGUAGCAUUUAUGUCAUAAGCGUAUCUAUUCAAUAAAUUAAUAAGUGUUUAGAUAAAAAUUCAACAAAUUAAAAGACAUAUUAAGUAUUAAAACCACAAAAAUUAGUAUUAGCUGCAUCCGUUCAUCAAUAUAUCUAUAUACAUAUGUAGUACUCUUAUAUAGCAAACAUGGCUGCCAUUUUGCAAAGUUUUAAGAUAAUGCUACAGCGCUAUCCCGUUACACGAGGCAUGGUCUCGUAUAGCCUCAUUUGGCCGACGAGUUCUCUGAUACAACAGACUUUUGAGGGGAGAAGAUGGCCCGAUUACGAUUGGUGGCGUACGCUACGUUUUAGCCUCUAUGGUGGUAUGUUCGUUGCGCCAACGCUGUACAGUUGGAUCAAGGUAUCCAGUGCCAUGUGGCCACAAACCUCACUACAGACUGCUAUUUUCAAAACCGCUGUCGAACAGAUUUCCUACACACCCGCUGCCAUGACAUGUUUUUAUUUCAUAAUGAGCCUGCUGGAAAUGAAGACGGUGGGUGAAGCGGCGGCGGAGGUGCGCAAAAAGUUCAUACCCACCUACAAGGUGGCAAUGUCAAUUUGGCCCAUUGUUGGUAUUAUAAAUUUUUCUGUCGUACCAGAGAAGAAUCGUGUGCCUUUCAUCAGUGUCUGUAGUUUAAUGUGGACUUGCUUUUUAGCCUAUAUGAAGCAUCUGGAGCAUCACCAUGUCGAUGAAAUCGAUGGUAUAUUUGCGUCGAAGGAGACUAAGUUAAAAUCUUAGUACAACUGCAAUAGUUUUUAUCUAAGCUGUACAAGUUUUUAUAGUUAGGGUAUUGAAAAAAAAUCUGAUUUCGAAUGUAGAAACAAAGUAUGUAUUUAUUUAUACAUUUUUCAAAAUUACUUUCAUUCGAAGGAUUGAAGAAGAAAAUGGAAUCCUUAUAUUUUUUAUAAAAUUUAAGUUCAUACAAUUCGUUCUUAAAUAUCAAACAGUAUUUCUUAUCAUGAUGUUUGCAAAAAAGCCAAACC